AUCGUUAUUGGUGGCGCUCGGCCAGACCGAUGUGCUACACACGCAUACUUGCGCAUGAAGGCUGAUACUUUGCUCUCUCAGCUCGUGGAACAAGGGUAGCCGCAGGUAGAGACAGAUACAGCGCAUGUGCACGAACUGCAUUCCUCGCUGCCACUUACAACACCACACGAACUUGUUCUAUACCGCCUUACCGUAGAUCAUGAUACGAACAAGUCUCCGCUUCUGUGCCUUGAGCAUCGGCGCGCUGGUCGCUGGAAAAAACAUCCCCAAUCCACAAGUGCGGGCGACAGGAGUACAGGUAGCGAUACCAGAGAGCCUCAUCACGCCGGCUCCUAAGUUACAUGACGAUAUAUUCAAAAGAUCCAUUGCGACAUGCGGGUUCAUUCGUGGCAACUCAGCAUUACCUGUCACAUGUGCUGAGAACUAUAACUGUAUCACUACACAGCACCUUGAGCUCGGCUUUGCAUGCUGCAACAAUGUUGAGUGUCUCGAUGACUGGACUACUUGCCGGCCGUACGGUCAGACCGAUUGUUUUGGCUAUGCCCUUCCAGAGGACACCUGCACGUCCAUAUAUGGCUCAAUUCUCCAAUGUUCACAGCAAGCGCAACAAUGCUUCCGCUAUGCCCGCAGCGCUGCCCUUAGCGCCACAGAUACAUUCUACUCAUGGGCAUGCGGAACAGCUUCAGACGACAUACUCGUGCUUGCGACAGUAACGGAUGGAGGAGCAGUUCAGACCGUGGACUCCGAAACCACAGGAAUCGAUGAUGUCCUUCGAUCGAUCACUGGCGGUGGGCCUCAGCCCACCGCCGGAAGCAACAGUCCUCCGGUUGGUGGUGGCAGUAGCAGCAGCAGCGGCAAGAGCAAUCCAAUCAGUACCACUGCAAUUGCUCUUAUAACGGUGGCUGGUAUUGUUGUAGUUGUCAUCGCUCUGCUAAUCGGAUAUUUCUGUUGGUGGAAGAGGCGACCCGAUAACAUCAAUAUUGUUCAACACAACAGGCCUUCUCAGCUGCCAUACGAGCCGACUGUUACUCAAGGUCCCCGUACCGAGAUCAUACCCUCAUAUGGCGGCUCUCGGGACGAGAUCAUGGCCUCGUGGAGCGGCCUGACGCCUCCCGGAGCGAGUCCGAACGUGGCGCCAUCUGAGGCUCCUAGUGACUGGUCUGGGCCCACUGCGAGUGAGAUGCUACGGCCGAUGUCGACAGUUCACGAAUCGGGCAGCAGCUUUGGCAAUAGAUUCUAUUCACAUUAGCCUGUAAUGGCUACAAGAAUACUCUAUUGGCGUCCUCGAUGCACGUUAGACUGAGCAUGAAGGACAUGGUUAGCGAGAUAUCAUUAGUGGAGAUGACGC